UUAGUACACCCGCAACUCUCUUCUUCCCCUCUCUCUCUCCUCUCACGCCUAACACAGAGAACAGCGAGAACAGUGAGCAACCCUAGCCAUAGGCCAGGUGCCGAUCACAUCCCCAUCACCCACGUCCCCUUUUCCCCUUUUAGCGGAGCCUCAGAGCUACAACGGCUCUCUCUCUGCUGUUCGGCUUUGGUAAGAAGGAAAAAUCUCGGAGAUUGUCGGAUACGAGCUUGGUCCAUCGGAUUUCACCAUCAAUGGCCUCAUCUCUUGUCCAGUGAAAGAUUUCAAAAAUCCCCUUUUUCCCACUCGUUCCCUCCCCCCCCCCCAAAUCCACCAGAUUUCCCCUAUAAAUAGUCAAAAACACACAAAAUAGCAUCGAAAUAGGAUUAAAAAAUUCCAAGGCUAGUUCUCUUUUAAGUUUGGUGUCGAUUCUCUUCUUCUUGAGUCAAGCUUGCGAUUGGUGGAAGUUUCUUUGUGGUCAAGCUCAUAGUCCCAUGCUCGCUGCUCCGAAGAAGAAGAAAGGGCUUAUGUUGAAAGCAGCAGAAGAUUACUAGGUUUGCUAUAUAUUACAUUGCACGUAUGAUGGGCUGGAUAGGACUAAUUUCUCUGAGGGGCUAACUAACAAAGGUGAUUAAGAUUCAACCAUUUGAAAUGAUUCUUCCGAUUGACCCAGCAAAUAAAUUAUCGUUUAAGUGCUUUAUUAAAGAUGGAGAUUUGGUCAUUGUGUAUGAGAGGCAUGACACAAUGAAAGCAGUGAAGGUCACUGAGGAUGGGGUUCUACAGAAUCGUUUUGGUGCUUUUAAGCAUUCUGAUUGGAUAGGUAAACCUUUUGGGUCCAAGGUUUUGAGUAACAAAGGUGCUUUUGUUUACUUGUUAGCUCCAACUCCUGAGCUAUGGACGCUAGUACUGAGUCACAGAACCCAGAUUCUUUAUAUAGCUGAUAUUAGUUUUGUUGUUAUGUACUUGGAGAUCGUUCCUGGUUGUGUGGUUCUUGAAUCUGGUACUGGAAGUGGAUCUUUGACAACUUCGCUUGCAAGGGCUGUUGCCCCCACUGGCCAUGUUUAUACCUUUGAUUUCCAUGAACAGAGAGCUGCCUCAGCUAGGGAGGACUUUGAAAAAACAGGGUUGAGCAAUCUGGUCACAGUAGGAGUAAGAGAUAUACAGGGCGAAGGGUUCCCUGAUGAGUUUUGUGGGAGAGCAGAUUCAGUAUUCCUAGACCUUCCUCAACCUUGGCUUGCCAUUCCUUCUGCUGGCAAAAUGUUGAAACCAGAUGGGGUAUUGUGCUCCUUCUCUCCAUGCAUUGAGCAAGUACAACGCUCCUGUGAAGCGCUCAUAUCACAUUUUACAGAUAUAAGAACAUUUGAAGUACUUCUACGCACCUAUGAAGUUAGACAAAAGAUUCUAGAGAGCUGCCCAGUAAAUGGAGGGGAUUCUAUUGAGCAUCCUCCACGGAAGAGGAGGCAGGGUUCUGCUGAAGCAAGCAAUGGGACUGAAUGCUCUUCUUCUCCUAUGGUAGUGAUUAGGCCUUCUGGUGAGGCAAGAGGUCAUACUGGCUAUUUGACAUUUGCUAGACUCAAAUGUUUUGUGUAAUAUGUUUCAACGAAUAUCCAAUUUUUGUGGUCGAGUACACUCUUCGUUCUUUAGAUGUGCUUAUUUUUCUCCCGAGAUUUAACAAAAAGUACAAGAAUUGCUUCUACUCGGAGGGGAUUUGAAAUGAGGAGAUAUAAAUAAGGCAUAAAUCGUAUUCAUCGAAUGCGAUUUAUUAAUAAAAUUUGUAACUUUCAAAGAAAUACAGUCUAAAAUCAAUAUUAAGAUACGCUUAUCAA